AUGAAGUGGCUUUACUCUCUUAUCGCUCUCGUCGCAGUUCAAGUCGUCUCGGCCAACCCCACCCCAGAACUCGCCAAACGUGCGUCGGCCAACGACGUCGCUACUCUCGGCUACGCGACGCUCAAUGGAGGUACCUCGGGUGGCUCGGGCGGCAGCCAGACCACAGUUUCCAGCCUGUCCGCAUUGACAUCUGCUGUUUCGGGAAGCGCGAAGAAGAUCGUUUUUAUUUCUGGGACCAUCACGGGCAACACCGUCGUCAAAGUUGGCCCCAACACCAGCAUUAUUGGAAAGAGCGGCUCUUCGCUCGUCGGUGUUGGCCUCCGCAUCUUGGAUGUCUCCAACGUCAUUGUCCGCAACGUCAAAAUCUCCAAGGUUCUCGCUGACGCUGGUGACGCGAUUGCCGUCCAAAACUCCCACCAAGUCUGGAUCGACCACGUCGACCUUUCGUCUGACAGAGACCAUGACAAGGUGCGCUACGACGGUCUUCUUGAUCUUACUCACGGAGUAACUGGCAUCACCGUCACCAAUAGCAAGCUCUAUACGCACUGGAAGGCCUCCCUCAUUGGUCACUCCGACAACAACGGCGCCGAAGACACCCCCAUCACCGUGACCCUGGCCAGCAAUUACUGGUACAACCUCAACUCGCGUACCCCAUCGUUCCGAUUCGGUCACGGCCACAUUUUCAACAACGUCUUCGAUAACAACAGCGACGGCAUCAACACUCGCGACGGCGCUCAACUCCUUGUCGAGAACAACGUCUGGACCGGAACCAGCAAGCCCCUUUACUCGACUGACGGCGGCUUUGCUGUUGCGACUGGCAAUGACUUCGGUGGCGCCUCAAACACAGCCCCAACUGGCAGCUUCACUAGCCCACCAUACUCCUACAGCAAACUCGCGGCCUCUGCGGUCCGCAGUGCAGUUGUCGGGAGUGCUGGCCAGACUCUUAGUUUCUAA